UGAAGUCCGCUUCCUAAAACAUCUCUUCUUUCACUGCAUCGCAUGAGAAGUAUGAUUUGACAUCAUUCGAUGAAAUCUGUUCAUCCCUGGAGAGAUGAUUUGUCCAAAUCUGCUUAGAUUUAAUUGUUAUUUAAUUGUGUUUGUGAAUUUGUUCAUGUCUGGUCUCAAAAAAGAAAGAAGGAAUGAAGGAAGGAAAGAAGGAGGGAAAGAAUGAAGGAAUAAGGGAGGAAGGAAGGAACAAGGACAAGGUGAGAAUCGAGUGUGUGAUCUGUGGUGAGAGAAUAGACAAAGUUUCUGAAUGUUAAACUUUUAAUAUCUGUCCUGUGUCUUGUGAUCUUUCACAGCUUUCUAAUCUGUAUGAUUUUACAUUGUUUGCAUACACAUCAGUCAGCCCUCUCGCUUUGUGGAUGUGGGCGGAGUCACUUUAGAAGAGGCCACGCCCAUAAUAAAUUAAAAUAGGGGUCUUGUGGGGGAAAAAAAGGAACCACUGAUCUGAACAACUGAGAUUAAAAAAGAAGAAGAAGAACUGUGUGUGAACGUGUCUGGAUUACUAACUGCAUGUUUAGUUACAGGAUUAGUCUCUAUAGGGCUUGUCAGAAACUGUCCUAUUGGACACUGAGCUGUAAAAAUGGCUGUAAUCAUUAGAGUUAAUAUCCAGGGAUUUUUGAGGUCAGGUUUUUAAAAAGAUCUGGAACUGUGUCACGGCAGUAACGAUGACCUUGUCCUGUCACUUUCUUCACCGUCCUGACAUCAGAGCCAUACGCAUAGCAGCUGUGUCUCCCCUCCCACCUAUAAAUGUGUCUUAUCCUACACCCCUCUCUCUCUCUCUCUCUCUCUCUCGCUCUCUCUCGCUCUCUCUCUCUCUCUGUGUCGUAUCGUGUUUCAUUGCUGUACUCGCGCUCUCACUGGGACGACUAACUACAGCUCCUGCCAUUCAUUAACAAAAUAACCCGAGGUGCAGAAACGCCUGUCUGGGUUUAAGGUCUGUCUCUUUAUUCCUCCCUUUUUCUUUUACCACCUCCUUCUUGUUUAUAUCCCUCACCUCCCCCACUCCAUCUUUACCUGCUGUUCGUUUUUGUUUGUUUUUUUUUCCAAAGCAUUUUCUCUUUCUUUCUGCCUCCUCUUUCUCUUUCAUUUUCUCUCUCUCCGAGUCUGGUGUGCUGGAGGAUUAGAAUUGCAGUGGGGGCUGGUUGAGUUGACCAGAGCUGAAAAAACGCUGGUUUCAGCAGGCUGCCAUGCGGCAUGAAUGGACAGAGAGAGUGAGAGAGAGAGAGAGAGAGAGAGAGAGAGGCAGACUGAGAGCUCAGCUUUGUUCUCACUAAUCGGCAGCAGUGAGCCCCGGCGCUGCCUCUGAGAGGUUAAAUAAAUGAGGCUUUUACGAUAACGCACGCAACGAGACCGGUUCAUCAUGCCCUCUAGACAGACUGGAUCACUGCAGCUCCAUCUGCUUUAGCAUCGAGGAAUCCCUGGCACUCCGCUCUACGCUAGCAUGCGUAUCAGACAGAGAUGACGACGGGACAGUAGCGGCUUCGGACUCGCCAGGAACACAAUCGCCCAAGGAUCGUUACAGGACGUUUCUUCUGCGUGACGGAGUAACCUGUAUUUGGGAUUAUUUAAUCCGUGUGGACGUGGAUGCCCAAGGGGACAGGGGUGGGGGGGUCGCGUUUUUUCCCAAGCACCUAUGAGGUCGGAGCGAAUGAGCCGCGUGUGUAUCGUCGUCCUGGAGGAGGUGGAGGAAGACGAACCCUCCUCUCUGCAUUCCAAAACAGCGCAGGACCACGUUUCCCAGCAUUCACCUCCCGAAGCCGACGCUCAGGAAGAAGAGAAGCCUUCGUUGUUGAAAGCCAUCUUUAAUGUGGAUCCAGACGAAGUUCGAGCGCUCAUAUUCAAAAAGGAAGAUGUCAACGUCCAGGAUAGUGAGAAGAGGACUCCCCUCCACGCCGCAGCCUACUUGGGUGACGCUGAGAUCAUCGAGCUUCUCAUUCUGUCAGGAGCGAGAGUAAAUGCCAAAGAUAAUAAGUGGCUGACCCCUCUUCAUCGUGCUGUUGCCUCCUGCAGUGAGGAGGCAGUUCAGGUACUGCUGAAACACUCGGCUGACGUGAAUGCUCGGGAUAAGAACUGGCAGACUCCACUGCACGUGGCGGCGUCUAACAAAGCGGUGCGCUGUGCCGAGGCUCUUGUCCCCCUGCUCAGCAACGUGAACGUGUCGGACCGCGCUGGACGCACCCCUCUGCAUCACGCUGCCUUCAGUGGACACCUCGAGAUGGUGAAGCUUUUACUGUCCAGAGGAGCCAGCAUCAAUGCGUUUGAUAAGAAGGACAGGAGAGCUAUCCACUGGGCUGCGUAUAUGGGUCAUAUGGAGGUGGUGCGCAUGUUGGUGUCUCAUGGAGCUGAGGUGGUGUGUAAGGACAAGAAGGGCUACACGCCGCUCCACGCUGCAGCUUCUAGUGGAAUGAUCGGCGUGGUGAAAUAUCUGCUGGACCUGGGCGUCGAGAUCAAUGAACCGAACGCUUUCGGAAACACCCCCCUGCACGUGGCGUGCUACAACGGUCAGGAUGUGGUAGUGAACGAGUUAAUUGAAUCCGGUGCUAACGUCAACCAGGUGAACGAGAAGGGCUUCGCACCGCUGCACUUUACCGCUGCCUCUCGCCAGGGGGCGCUGUGCCUGGAACUGCUAGUGGGAAACGGAGCAGAUGUCAACAUCAAGAGCAAAGAUGGGAAGACGCCCCUCCACAUGGCCGCCAUUCACGGCAGGUUCUCCAGAUCUCAGGCUGUCAUACAGAACGGAGCCGAGAUUGACUCUGAAGAUAAGAACGGAAACUCGCCUCUGCACAUAGCAGCUCGAUACGGCCACGAGCUCCUCAUCAACACCCUUAUCAGCAACGGCGCUGACGUAGCCAAGCGGGGCAUCCAUGGCAUGUUCCCUCUUCACCUUGCGGCACUAAGUGGCUUCUCUGACUGUUGCCGGAAACUUCUCUCCUCUGGUUUUGACAUCGACGCCCCGGACAACUUCGGCAGGACGUGUUUACAUGCGGCCGCAGCAGGAGGAAACCUCGACUGUUUAAAUCUAUUGCUCAACGCUGGAGCUGACUUCAACAGGAAGGACAAAUUCGGAAGAACACCACUGCACUAUGCGGCAGCUAACUGUAAUUAUCAGUGCCUGUUUGCACUAGUGGGCUCAGGGGCUAGUGUGAACGACACAGACAUGAGAGGCUGCAGUCCUCUGCACUACACUGCUGCCUCAGACACAGACGCCAAGUGUUUGGAGUAUUUAUUGCGUAACGAUGCAAAUCCAGGGAUCAGAGAUAAACAGGGCUAUAAUGCAGUGCACUACGCCUCAGCCUACGGUCACCGCCUCUGCCUCGAACUGAUUGCCAGUGAAACUCCUUUGGAUGUGCUUAUGGAGACAUCUGGGACUGAUAUCCUGAAUGACACAGACAGCCAGGCUCCCAUCAGCCCUUUGCACUUAGCAGCCUACCACGGUCACCACAAUGCUCUGGAGGUGCUGGUUCAGUCCCUGUUGGACCUGGAUGUGCGGACAGUGCAGGGACACACACCUCUAGACCUGGCUGCCUUUAAAGGCCACGUGGAGUGCGUGGAUGUGCUCAUCAACCAGGGAGCCUCCAUCCUGCUUAAGGACUACACACACAAAAGAACACCCAUCCAUGCUGCAGCUAUGAACGGUCACUCCGAAUGUCUCCGUCUCCUCAUCAGCAACGCUGGCCAGCCCUCAGCUGUCGAUGUCCACGACGGGAACGGACAAACUCCACUGAUGCUGGCGGUGCUGAACGGACACACGGAUUGCGUCUACUUCCUGAUCAGCAAAGGAGCCAACGUGGGAGCCAGAGACAAGUGGGGCAGGACGGCUCUUCACCGCGGGGCGGUGACAGGGCAUGAGGCGUGUGUGGAGGCGCUGUUACAACAUGGGGCCAGUGUGUGUGUUCGGGACAGUAGAGGGCGCACAGCCAUGCACCUUGCAGCAGCGUGCGGUCACAUUGCAGUGCUGGGGUCUCUGCUGCAGGCUGCACACUCCCAAAACAUCAUGCCGGUCAUCAUGGACCGCUGUGGAUACACCCCACUCCACUGGGCCUGCUACAACGGACACGAUACGUGUGUGGAGGCUCUGUUAGAGCAGGAGGCGUUCCACAGGAUGGAGGGCAACUCCUUCAGUCCGCUUCACUGUGCCGUGAUCAGUGAUAAUGAAGGUUCCGCCGAGCUGCUGAUUGACACACUCGGUCCUGCCAUCGUUAACGCUACAGACUCCAAAUCCAGGACGCCUCUGCACGCUGCAGCCUACACUGACCAUGUGGAAUGUCUCCAGCUACUGCUCGGUCACAACGCCCAGGUGAACGCUAUCGACGCUCUGGGUAAAACACCCCUCAUGAUGGCAGCUGAGAACGGCCAGACUAACGCCGUGGAGGUGCUCGUGAGUAAAGCGAGAGCAGACCUCACGCUUCAAGAUGCAAACAAGAACACAGCCCUACACUUAGCCUGCAGCAAGGGGCAUGAAACCAGUGCCUUGUUAAUACUGGAGAAGGUCACAGACAGGAACCUCAUCAACGCCACAAACUCAGCUCUACAGACGCCACUGCAUGUCGCUGCCCGUAACGGACUCGCGGUCGUGGUGCAGGAGCUGCUGGGCAAAGGAGCGAGUGUCCUGGCUGUGGAUGAAAACGGUUACACUCCAGCUUUAGCCUGCGCCCCGAAUAAAGACGUGGCCGACUGCCUGGCGCUGAUCCUGGCCACCAUGUUGCCUGUGUCCCCUGCCAGCACCGGUACCGUCUCCGGCCUCACCUUCAGCGCCAUAAACCACUACUGUAGCCCUUCCAAAGCUGUGACCUUUGACCCUUUACCCAGCCUGCGCUCCGGGCAUCCGUCUUACUGCAGCUUCAACAGCCUGGGACGUGAAGAUGGCCUCGUCGUUCACGAUGAAGAAUUUAACGACUCGGAUUCAGAGACUUACUGAGGAGUCCGGUUCAUCUCCGUGCUGAGGAUCGUUCGGUACCCGAGUGCCUGGGAGUCGCUUCUGAAGACGCGAACGCUGUCGAUGAUCACAUUAAAGUGGAUUUAGCGCUGUUUCCUUGCUGUGGAAUGAGAAAUGUUACGCUGCAAUCUGAAUGCAAGACCUGAAUUAUUUUGCGUGAAACGCUUUGAACUUUCAAUUUUAUAAAAUCAGGUGCAGGAAAUCUGCCGGCACCGUCCAUUUCAAAUUUGCGUACUUUUCUAAACUCUACUCUAUGAAGCUUUUUUAGAAAUCUGAACUUCAAUGAUAAACCUGCAUGUCUUUUAUUCUCUUGAAUUUCAUGAGCUGUAGAAGAACAAUCUGAAUCCGAACCUCAUGUUUAAGGGUGAACGAGUGACCAUGUGUCAUUCUAAACGAAGCGUAUAUAUAACCAUUUUCUAAAAAGUGUUCAGUAUUUCAGUGUGAAAAAUAUUUAUCCCUGCCUUUAAAACAGCACCAGUGUAAUAAGGUAAAUGUUGUACCAGUUUAAAUGCGAUGGAUGCGGACAGGUUAAUGGUGGCGCGUCGUUUCACUGGUUAAGGUUAGGUAGGUAGGUUUUCUAAGGCUUCUGUGUUUACCUUUGCCUGCAAGAUGUUACAGAUUCAUAGAGUAAACACUUUAAGUGUGCUUCAUUUAGAAUGACGAAAAAUUAAGCUGUACCUCCGCGUGAAACUCAAUUUCGUCAAUUUCUAAUGUAUUAAAUUUUCUAACUGGACGAUCUUAAUUCCAGACCUACAUCAGUGGCUCUGGGAAAUUUAUGUCUCUGAAAAUGAUUCAAAAGUCUGAAUUUUUCCACUGGGUUGUGCCACCAAACAUGAAUGAGAAUUUUCUACACCUGAUUAUUAUAAAAUACGAUAACAAAAAAUUCAGAUUGUACUUACAUGUUUCUCAUUCCAUACCUUACAAGCCACAGCGCUACUGGGAAUAAUGGAGUUGUACCAUUUUAUGUGGGGUGUCACUCCACUGUCCCUCUCUUAUACAUCUCAGGAGUGUUUAGAGCAGGAGAGAAGAGAGAGAAACCGGGACGUGGUUGAGCGUUCACACUACAAAACGAUCCGGAUUCUGUUUCCCCACACUCAUCGUUGGUUUGGUUCUGUAUCUCAACAUCCUUUCAAUACACUUCUGUUCAUCCUGAUGCAUUUAAUUUCCCAUGAAACCUUUCCCAGGAACCUCAAAGCCUCAAAACAACAAUAAUGACUACUGUGGAAGUUUCUGGACACGUCCUCUCUGGCGGUAAGAGAAGAAAUCAUGAAUGUGCAACCAAGGGAACAAGUUACUCAUUUUAAAGCAUGGUUACUAUUUUUUUUUUUUGUUUGUUUGUUUCUUUUACUUUUAGCUGAAGUUAAUUUAUUAUUAACUACGAGACUCGGACAUUACAGACUGCCGUGAAUGUUAAGCGCAAACCUCCGGAAACCGAUUAACCAAGACAGACAGAUUUCUACCCCGGAGCGUCGUUAAUUAAAAGGGCAUUCUGACGCAUUUCUUACCCACGAGUCUGAGACCAGCUAUAGACGUGACAGGGUUUACACACACCGAGUGCUGGUUUUUGGCGAAUCGCAACAUUUGUUAUAGAGAAACGAAGUGCGUUUAUGUGUGUGCUUGUGUGUGUGAUUGUAUGUGUUUCAACAAAAAAAAGUAACCUUUUAUAAAGGGUAAGUCUGGCCA